UAAACAAAUAGUACGGGAAAUAUUUCCCAGAUAAGAAGUUUGAAGUUGGCUGAUUUUUUGUUAGAUUGGGUUGACAGUGGUUAACAACAUACAUAACUACUGUUGGAAAACUUGAUAGAAAUCAAAUGGAAUCGAUUUUAAACAGACCAGGAAUUCAAAAGAUAAAGUCUCCUGAUAAAAGGGAGAAGGUUUGUGAAGCAUUGGAAAGUUUAAGGUUUACGGAAAAUGAUGUUAAACAGAUGAUGAAAGUUUUUGAGGAACAGAUUGAUUAUGCAAAUAGUUUGAAUGAAAAAGACAGGAAGAAAUCAGAUUUAUUCUGGGAAUGUACAUAUGUCAGUGACCUUGUGAAAGGAAAUGAAAAUGGUCGAUAUCUUGGAUUAGAUUUAGGGAGUACCAACUUCCGAGUAGUACUUGUUGAUCUCCAAGAUGGUGUAGCGAAAACUACGACAAAAUAUUAUAAUCUUACAGAUGAUCAACUUUCUGGACCUGCUGAACUGGUGUUUGAUCACAUUGCAGCUAGUAUGGAAACUUUCAUCACAGAGGAAAAGAUAGAGAGUAAAACACCAAUAGGUGUUGGUUUCACAUUUUCGUUUCCAACUGUUCAAAAAACAUUAAAGAGGAGUAUUCUGGUAACCUGGACAAAAAGGUUUAAAUGUACCAGUGGACCUGGCCUUGAUCCUUGUAAUUUACUGGAAGAGGCCAUUGAAAGGAGAGGGGGAUUAUCAGUACCAGUCAAUGUGAUGGCCAGAAUAAGUGACACCACAGGCACUUUAAUGGCUGGAAGUUAUUAUGAUAAAAAAUGUGCAAUAGGACUUAUUUUAGGGUCAGGAUCAAAUGCUUGUUAUGUAGAACACUUGAAGAACUUCAGAAAACUAGAUCCUAAGGAAGCCAAGUCAGAUAAGAUAUUGGUGAAUUGUGAGUGGGGAGCUUUUGGAGACAAUGGUUGUCUAGAUUUCUGUAGAAAUGAAUUUGAAAGAGAAGUUGAUCAGUAUUCCAAUUUUCCUGGAUCUUAUACGUUUGAAAAGUCUUUUGGAGGAUUUUAUUUAGGAGAAAUGUUCCGUCUAGUUCUAGUUAAAUUAACAAAGGCAGGUGUUUUAUUUGAUGAUAAAGGAUCAGAUGAACUUAUGACAAGAUGGUUAUGGAAGUCAAGGCAGGUUACUACAGUUGAAAAAGAUAAUCCUGGUUCAUCAGAAAAUACCAUGUCUGUUUUAAAAGAAAUGAAACUGGAUACCAUUGCAACAGAAGAGGAUGUUAUACUGGUACAAGAGGCAUGUUACCUAAUGUCACAGAGAGCUGCAUAUAUAGUAGCAACAGCUCUAGCAGUUUUACUAAAUCAUAUAAAUGAACCAGAAGUUUCCAUAGGCAUUGAUGGAUCUUUGUAUGAACAUCAUCCUCGUUUUCAUGAUCACAUGACAACAUUGUUACAGAAACUAGUUCCUAACACAAAGUUUCGAUUAUUUCUGGUAAAAGAUGGAAGCGGUCAAGGUGCUGCAUUUGUAGCUGCUGUAGAAUCUUCAUAGUAUUUGUUUUAUUAUAUUGAUUUUUAUAAUUAAGAAAUAUAGAAAUAUAACCAUUUGAAGAGUGUAAUAUAUUAAAGUGAUGUCUUCCAUUUUUCUUUAUUAUGCAUGUUUAUUCUACUUCUAAGGUGUGUUAAAAUAAAUAAGGGAUGAAAUCAGAUGCAAAACCAUAAAUUUUAUUUACCUAUAAGAAUGCACAAAAUGUGAAAAAUGGGGUGGGAAGACCUAAAGACAGAAAUGAAAUGCCUCAAAUGUAAAAAGUAUGGUAGUAUCAGCACUAUUCUCCGACACCAUCACAGUUACCAUGAUAUCACAAUUACCAUCUUUGAAUGCCAUCACUGCCCAGUGACCUUCACCAGGAAACAUGCUGCAGGAUAAUACAUCCUUAUAAAAAUUUAAAAAAAACAAGAAGAAAUCAGAAAUACACUUAAAUGAAAAAAACCACAACACCAAAGGACUCAGCAAAAACAGUUGACAAAUGGACAACACUGGUUUGUGCUUGCCCCAGUAGUGUUAACUGGGACCUGGGACCCAAAUUCAGGAAUAAUGGCAACACCUAAAUAUACAAUGUCAACUCCCACUAAAGCAGAAACUAAAGUCGACAUACUGAUACAAGAUCUUUACAUCAGUGAAUCAAAGGUCUCAGAUGGUGAUAUAAUGUAUAUUAAAACCUCAGGACCACAGAAAUAUCAUACGAACAGUUACUGUUACCUUGCCGAAGAAUGUGAAGAAUUAAAUCCAGGUAACAUUAACAACAUGAAAGCAACUUCAAGUAGUGCAUACUGAUACAGGGAACCAGUGCAUAGUAACAGUAACAAAAUGAUUUACAUGUAGGGAUGAACUUCCCAAAGAGGAAUAAAACAGAUAAGUACCUGUCAGUGGAAUAUAGUGCAUUUUUCAAGAUAAGAAAACGUUAUAGAUUUGAUACCAUUAACCUGCACUUCAGGAAUUGUCCUGAAGACGAUAAUGUAUUCAGUGAAACAUGUCAAUCAAUAAAAGUUGUAGUUAACUU